UCACAUCUCCUCUGACCAUCGCCAGCGUCACACCUGAGAGAAAGAGAGAGAGAGAAAGUGAGAGAGAAACAAAGAGAAAGAGAGAGAGAGAGAAAAGAAAGAAAGUGAGUGUUUCUUACAUUUGUGAAAAAGCUUUAUUUUCUCUAUCUUCCAAAUACAAGGCGCGCCAUGAACGGGGAGGAUGACAUUGGCUACCAGGUGGAGCUGUUUGUGUAUGACUUAAGUAAAGGGAUAGCCAAGACAAUGUCGCCAGCGUUAUUAGGUAAAGAGAUAGAGGGCAUCUGGCACACGGGCGUGGUGGCGUACGGGCGUGAAUACUUCUUUGGAUCAGGGGGAAUUGAAUCUUGUAGACCGGGCGGCACAAUCCUCGGUGAUCCUGACAGGGUGGAGGAGCUCGGGGAGUCUCAGGUGCCGUAUCAGCUGUUCCUCGAGUAUAUCUUCGGCUUGGGGGAGGCCACCUAUAAACCUGGCGCCUACGAUCUCUUCAAACACAACUGCAAUAAUUUUUCUGACGAGGUAAGCCAGUUCCUGUGUGGGCGAGGCAUCCCGAAACACAUCUUGCAGCUUCCUGACGAGGUGCUAAACACACCUUUGGGUGAAACUUUAAGCUCAGUCGUGAAAGAUCUCGAUAUCAAAUCAUCCGGGUCACGUAAAAUAAACUUCGCAAACUACAACAACAACCUUCACACGUUUGUCCCGGGCGAGUACGGUAGACAGCGGCAACAGCAACAGCAACAACAGCAACAACAGCAACAGCAACAGCAACAGGGACGAAGUGAUUCACCGGAUCUUGAAUUGGAGAGAUUAAGCCAGGCCAUUGAUCAAGUCAGACAGAACACACUACGACUCGAGGACCGCAGGAACUCCAUCAACGAAAAGGUCAACAAACACGACAAGAAGAAGAAGGAGAAACGAGAGAAGAGAGAAAAGAAAGAGAAAAAGGAGAAGAAGAAGAAGAAAAAGUCGCGAUCAACUUGUGAUGUUCCUGAGGGCGUGAACGGGGAUCCUUCCACCUCCACUACCACCACCUCCACCACCUCCACCACCUCCACAGCCCCCAAACCUUGUAUUUCCAAGCCCCCUCUUCCCCCAGCCACACCAGUAACCCCCCCCAAGACAGUUCCUGAGGUUACUGUCACCCCAGCGAAGGAAGGAGGAGGAGGAGGAGGAAGAGAAGGAGGAGGAGGUGGUACAGAGGCAGGGGAGGAAGAAAGGAGGUCACCACAGCCUGCCACAGAGCCACAGCCUGCCACAGAACCACAGCCUGCCACAGAACCACAGCCUGAGCCACAGACCACCAGAAACGCAGACACAGAUUCACAGCCAGUGGUAACAGACACACAGACAGACACACAGACUGACACAGGGCCUUCACAGCCAGACACAGCCACACAAGAGGCCACACAGCACACCACAGACACUAGCCAAGCCCCACAGAACACCACAGACACACAGACACAGCCCGCAGACACACAGAGUAACACAGACGCAGAAACACCCUCACAAACCGUCACAGAGACAGAGACAGACAGCGCCACAGCCUCACAGCCUGCCACAGACUGUACCACACCUCCACAGCCCACAGACACAGUAGAAAACGAGGCAGAAACCACUCCACAGCCCGCCACAGACACAAACGCACACACGAACACAUUAACACCACUACAAUCAAUUGAGGAAGAGGAUAUAUCGCAAGAGAGAGAAGAGGAGAGCGGAAUGGCCGAUGCGGAGAACCCUGAGGUGGUGGAAGGAGUGGAAGCAGAGGAACCACAGGGCGUGUCUCCACCUCCACCACCAGCAGAACCUGAAGUGGAAAGAGAACCACCUAUAACUUUCCAAGAAUAUUUAAAUGCGCGAGAGGAGUUUGAGUGCCUGGUGGGGGUGUUGGGUAACAUGCUGACACCUGAGGAACAAGCACAUCUGGAGGAGCUGCGAGCGUAUGUGCUGGACGACGAGGGUUCCUGGGCGCUGGGGGAGAACUUUAGCAGUCUUCUGGGGCGCGUGUUUCACGAUGGCAAUGUCCCUGACGAGGCGAGGGUGCACCUGGUGAGGGUAAUGGCAGCGGCGGCGUUGAAAGAUGAUGUCAUCCUCCUCCUUCACCAAGACAGGCGCGAUCACACCAUCAUGAAUUACGCCAACAGAGUGGAGUUUUUGAGUGCCGAUCAGCAGGAGGCCCUUGCGCUGUUUUUCUGCAACAUGUUUGAGCACGUGAGUCCGUCUGAGUGGCUCCUGUACAUCUCUGAGUGGCAGGACGGCAGCCAGGCAACCUCAAACAUCCGGGUCACCACCAAGAUUGCCGUCAACGCACUGCUCAACACCAACCCCAAGUGCCAGGAGUACGGAUCAGCCAUCAUGUACAAUCUUGGCACGAAGGAGGUGAAGACAGUGGUGUUUGAUGAUGUGGCGCCGGAAUUAGCCAUGGCCAUCCUGCAGUUCUUCAGCACACACCCUCAGGAGGAGCUGCUGUGGAGGACCAUGGCUGCUCUGUGUAGGUUCACCUACUCGUCAACAGAAGUCCCGGCACUCAUUAAGAUGAUUGGUCCGGAUCCGACAAGUUUCCGCGGCGCCAGUGAACGCGUCGACGCUCUGGUGGAGGAGAUUGACGCUAAAUUAAGUCGUGUUCGGGCCUUCUGAGACACUCGUACGCUCACACACACACACGCACACACAUGGUUCAAGACACACGGAUAUACGGACAUGUGUUAUUUUGUAAGGGUUUUUUGGGGAUUUAACUAUUUAUUUUGUACUUUUUUGCGAUGUGAUUUUUUUUUUCGCUUUCCUUUUCCUUAUUUAUUUUAGGUUUAUGUUUGUGUUAGGGAGAGAAGGAGAAGGAGGAGGAGGAGAUGGUGGUGUCUGUCUAAAAUAAAUCAAAAUCUCACCUUUUUUUUCUCUCUCUCUCUCUCUCUCUCUUUUCCUUCCAUUCUUUCCCUACCUUCCCAAUUUUACACUACUACUACUACCACCACCACCACCUCCAAUCUGUGACAGCCUUGCAAUUUGAGUGUCUACAAAUAACAAUAACACUUAAUAAAUGUAAGCAAAUGA